AUGUCAAAGAGUGUUGUUUUUGCCAAUUCACCCAAGCGGCACGUGAAAAAAACGAGUACUUGGCGGAGGGUGGUGCUGUGGGAGCGCAGGCGGCGUUGCGAACGGUCGGAGCGGCGUCGGAUUUUUCGGCGAGGGAAGCUGAACUGUAUUAGCCUCGACACGGCUUGCGUGCGAGAUCCGGUCGAAGGCCAUCUCCAUGUCCAGGAAGACCGCUGCGAACAUCUCCUUGUUCGCCGCGGUCGCAGCACCCUCGCCAGCUGCAGGGUCGUGGAGAGGCCGGGGCGAAAUCCGAACUGUUCGGGCCGAGGCUCAGCGCAUCGAUUGAUCACCGGCAGCAGGAGCGACUCGAACAAUUUGGACUGCGUGUACAGCAGGGAGGUUGGACGAUAG